AUGCUGACUGAAAAUCGGAAUAAGAGUGGCAUUUUGGUUGAUACUUCUGUGGCAUUUUGGUUGAUACUUCUGCUGAAUGCUAGUCUCGUACAAACCGAGAUGGUGUUCGUGUUGAUUCUUCUAGUCUGGAACUCUGAUGCACGUUUAAAGAAGAAUGCUGUGUUUAAGAUGUUCAAAUUUUCACCACUCCUAGCAUUGGUGUUAAAUCCAAUGGUUGCUACUAUUGCAGCCAUUUAUCGUCCUGGCAUGAUGACUUUGUCAAUAGGCACACAGGCUUUACGCAACCCUUUGCAAGCGGUGAUUUGGCUAAAGAGCCUACCUGAGAGGAUUCUGGCUUUCCAAAGAGCGUGA